CCCCAUUUCCGUUUUGCAUAUCAUAUAUAUGCUUUCUGUCAGUGUCCAGAGCUUCAGUGUGCGUUCUUUCCUGAUCUUGAAGGAGCUUGAAAGAUGGGAAGGCUAACAGUUCUUGCUCUACUUGGCGUAAUAUUGUGCGGUGGUUAUGUAAAUGGGCAGUGCAAGAAGCGAGACAUCAUAGCCCUUAUUGAGCUGACUCCAGGUGACCGCUAUGCAGGAACCUACGUGUCCAGUUUUGUUGCAAGUCUGAAGAGGCUUUUUGACCCAAAGCCAGAGUGUACAAGACUUGGAGUAAUGGUAGUUUGGACCCAAGUUGAAAAGGUCAUUGACCUCAAAUGCGAUUACAGAGGCUGCUUUGCAAAUGGUCAACAGGAAAUCCGAAGAAUAUCGAGGCUGUCGGGAAGAACUCAGACUGCCUUUAACAAGAAAAUACUCGCCGAUGGUUUGCAAGCUGUUGCAAGCCAAUUUGUAACGAAAGGCCGCGAAAAUGUCGACAAGCUGCUUCUGCUGGUAUUGACAAAUGCCCCAACUGCCGGAGCUCCCAAAACUCAAGAUGAAAUUAAGGACAUGCUUGACUUGCGAGUAUCGAUCCUGGUAGUUGCAGUUGCAGGCGGAAGGAAGGAAAAACUUGGAGAAAUCGCGAGCCCUAGCCACUACCAAGUUGAUUUCAAAUCAAUGAGCCAGCUUGUUGCGAAUGGUCAUUCAGAAAUAGCACAACUGAUAUCACUUCCUCUAGGCCAACCUGCAGUUGGCUUUGCAGCGGUUGAAGAUCCAAACACUAAUAGACUCCUCAAAGAGGAUGCAGCGAGCACAUGUGAAAAUAUUGUAGACAUUGCAUUUAUCGUGGACAGCUCUGGGAGUGUAAAAAAAUACUACAAUCAGGAAAAAUUUUUUGUCAAAAGAAUAGCCACCCGUUUUAAUAUCAUUGAGACUGGCACGCAUGGUGGUGUAAUCCUGUUCAGUUCUCAUGGCUAUGUAAAAACACAUAUUCGCUUUAAAGACUUCCUGACGACUGAAGCUUUCAAUGAAGCCGUGCAGAACCUACCAUUCUACGGUUACCAGACCCGUAUCGACCACGCCUUGGAGCUAGCGCACAGGGAGUUGUAUACCGUGGCUGGUGGUAAUAGGCCUAAUGUGAAAAAACUUCUUUUUCUUAUAACUGACGGCAGACAGAAUCCUGACAGUAUCAAUGGCGUAAGGCUGGAUCCUGCAAAAGAAGCUGAAAAAUUGCAUCUUAGCAAUGUCCAAAUUUAUGCUGUCGGGAUUGGAUCGAAAGUUAAUGUUUCUGAAUUGGAAGCGAUUACGCAAGAUCCUACAAAGGUUUACACCGCCAAGGACUUUGAAGAGCUGACAAGCACUGAGUUUGUGACCAAAGUCUCAAAACAAUUAUGUCUUGCAGCAUCUUUAGAGGAAAAUACGACGACGAUAAACUUUGAUAAACCAAAAGGAAACUGCACAACAGACUGUAAGUGUGGUGGUUGUGGCUGCUGUGGGUCAAAGCCUGUUUAUGUCAACAUUUUCCAGGGAGGAAAUUCAAAGAACUAUGUAAACCAAGGACAAACUGUUGUGCAGUCUGGAAAUAGUAACCAAGCUGGACCAAAGGACGAGUCCGGCCCCUUAACUGGCGGACAAGUAAAAGAAAUGUCAAACAAAGAAAUUCUUGCUUACGUCAAGAAACUGGUUCCUUACUACGAUUCUUUGAAUGGUAGUUUAAAAGAACUCCUUCAAAGAACAAUCGUAAACAGGAGAAAGAAGCGAGCAGUUAAAGGGUGAAACGGGUAAACUGCCCCAGAAGCUAGACGAAGAACAUUGCCAAGAGCAAUCAAAGUAACUUAGUGGAUAGUAUUUGUCUUAGAUUAACCUAAUGAGCAUUUGUUUA